GGUGGUGGGGCGUGCUUUCCGGGGCUGGCUGGCUGGGUUUGGUCGGGGAGGCAGCAGGGGAAGCACGGAGCUGGUCCCGGGCGAUGAUGGAACUGGAGUCGGCCAGUAACCGAGGCGAGCCGGGGGCAGCGGGGGACUCGCUGCAGCCGCCGACCCCGAGCAGGCACGAGAAGAGCCUGGGUCUGCUCACCACCAAGUUCGUGACUCUGCUCCAGGAGGCGAAGGACGGGGUGUUGGACCUGAAAGCGGCUGCAGACACCUUGGCAGUGAGGCAGAAACGACGUAUUUACGAUAUCACUAAUGUGCUGGAGGGAAUAGGACUCAUUGAGAAGAAAUCCAAGAACAGCAUCCAAUGGAAGGGUGUAGGUCCGGGCUGUAACACCAGGGAGAUAGCAGAUAAGCUGAUUGAUCUGAAGGCAGAGUUGGACGAUCUGGCUCUCAGGGAACACGAGCUGGACCAGCAGAGAGUCUGGGUUCAGCAGAGCAUCAAGAACGUCACAGACGACUCCAACAAUAGUCCUAUGGCAUAUGUAAAACAUGAAGACCUCUGUGGAGCCUUUAAAGGUGACACACUUCUAGCAAUUCGCGCUCCCAUCGGCACACAGCUAGAGGUGCCCAUACCAGAAGCUGUCCUCAAUGGGCAAAGGAAAUACCAGAUCCGUCUCAAGAGUUCAUCUGGUCCCAUCGAGGUUUUGCUGGUCAAUAAGGACCCGUCCAGUGCCUCUCCUGUCGUUCUGCCCGUCCCUCCUCCAGAUGACGUCCUUCAGAACCUCCCAGCACCACCUACCUCCCAGCCAGUCACUGCUGCCUCACAGGUCCCUAAAUCAGCUCCAGUCCCUUGUACAAAACCUGGUCCUGCCACAACAUCAGACUCAGUGACAGAAGUGACGAGCACGACGCCACUCAGCCCUACAACAGAUACGCCUGCUACAGUCACUCAGCAGCUUCAGUCUUCUGCCUCAUUGGAUGGAUCUGCAUCCUCUUCUGCUUCUGCAAUAUUUGAACCAAUUAAGUCGGAUCCAUCUGAAUUACUGGAUUUCCCCAAAGACCUCUCAGAAAUGUUUGAUCCAACAAGAGAGAUCAUAAGCGGAGAUUUGCUGGAGGACUUGAUGUCAUCAGAGGUGUUCUCGCCGCUCCUCCGUCUGUCCCCUCCGCCCAGCGACCACGACUACAUAUACAACCUGGAUGAGACAGAAGGCCUGUGCGACCUCUUUGACGUGCCCAUUCUCAACCUCUGACCCCUGAGAUUUUUGUCAGAGUGGGAAACCGUUGCCCUUACAUGCUGAUCUACCUUCAGUGUCCCCCCCCCCCCUCACUGACAUUGAAGGUAAGAGGAGGUGCAGGGAAGCCAACAUGAUCUCGUGAGCCUUCAAGGACACGUCUGCACUGACGCGGUGAGCUCAAGCUGAGCUUCACCAGACAGUAGCUCGAUGUUUAGCCUCAUGAAGAAAUUCAGAUGAGAACAAAAUGUUUUAUUCCCUUCUUUUCCAAGGAAACAGAGUCACAAAUGGCAAAUAAUUAUAUUUUUGGAUUCUUGUGUAUUAUAAAUCCUUAUGUUUAUGUUUAUUAGCUUUCUCGUGAGCGAAUGUGUGUCAGCAUUCUUUACAUGUGGUUGGUUGUGAGUCUGUGUGCCUGCUUGUUGUUUUGUAUUGAACACUCUUAUUCUGAGUCAGACAUCUGCAGGUAAAAAAAAAAAAAAAAAAGAGAAACCUAUCGGAGCAUAGCCUUUAUCACCUGGCAGCUGCUCUCACGUGGCUUAAACGAGUCCAAACUUAGCUGGUGAAAUAUGCACUGUCCUCAUGUACAUAGAGAAUAUAUAUUUUGUAAAACCAGCACGCAAGAUUAUUGUGAUAUUAUGAAUGACACAGGCAGAGCAAUAGAUACCAGACACAGGUGAUCAUACUGUUCGUAUGAAGUGCUUUGUUUUAAAUAAUGGUGCUGGUCUUUGGCCCCGUUCAAAUCUGGUCCUAGCAUCCGUCCCGAGAAACCUGAUCAUAAGUGAACAGCGCUAAGUACACAGUGACAUUAAAAUACGUCCUGAAUGUGUGUCCUGUAAUCACCUGUCAGGUCUGAGUUUACGGAUGUCACUUUCUGUUUGUUUGUGGCGUGCAACAGAAAGAAAGCAAAAAGAGCUGGGCACAGUGCCGCGUAUCCAAAUGUGAAGUGAAUAAAUCGCUGAUCACAUUUCGCCGAAGUUGAACUCCACGCGAAGCCACAAUGUGAUUUGCCUUAACGUUCUAUUCGCCCCCACGCUCCACGUAUGAAUGAAUGUCUGAAGCUUUUUUAGAAAGAUUUUACCAAUUUAAGAAAAGAAUCAGUCAUUCUGUGGUGAUCGGUGUUGAAGUUGUGGCGCUGGCUAAAGGCAAAUCAACUUUUUGGCGCUGAGAAGCUGACCACUGACCUGCCGCAGUCUUCAUUUGUUAUGAAACUGCGGCAGGUCAGUGGACAGUAGGGUAGUUGAUCCUCAUAUGUGGUCCAGUAUUUGUGUUCACACAAAUAAAAGAAUGUUGCCACCUCCGAAUGUUAGUUUGAGUGAUCGGAUCUCCGAACUUAGCGCUGACCACUUGUCAUCGGAUCAGUCAGGACAGAUGUUAAUACCAGGCCCGUUUGGACGGGGCUUUGAUUCCAGUGCCAAAGUGAUAAGAAGGAGAAUCUUUGAUACUAUUGAAGCCAAUUAAUUUUAUUACGUAACAAGCCACGGACCAAAAGGAAAUUGCAGGGCUGUUGGGGGGUGGGGUUUAGAAUACUACCAUUUUGCAUUCAAACAUUUUGUUAAACAAGGUGUUUUCAAAAUAAUAAUGCCUCAUAUAAACUCCACAUUAUGACUUUAUGAUCAUGUUCUUUAACUGGUUUAAUAUUGGCACUCCUACACAUUGAGGUCGAUUAUAACGAAAAAAUAUAUAAAUAAAUAAAAGUAAGCAUGCUUUCAGUUUCAUUUUGCAUCAGUACCGUUACUAUCAGAACCUUUCAGAUUUUCAUUGGCUCAGAUUCAAAUGUAACUGGUGUACGUCACAGAAAAAAACUUUUUUUUCCUUCCCCUUUCCUAAACAAGUUCUUUGGCAUUUGUCUUUCAACUAUAAUGUAUGUAUAUAAACACCAUUGUACUCAGUUCAUCUUUAUGUAAAAUGACAUGUAUGUAUUUCUGAUGUAUUUUUACUGAUGCAGUGAAUAUAGUCACCAAGUCAUUAAAUAUGAUCCAGUUCUUUUGUAUAUUUGGCACAACUCCCUCUUUAAAAGGUUUUUCAUAUUUCCCAGUCUGCGCUGUGUUCAUGCUUAUUGCUCUAAAUUACUUCUCUCUGUGCAGGGGACGGCUGAUGAGUUGUUCAGAGUCAAACUGUAAAAUAUCAAGAUAAUUCUUCUUUCUACGGUGCUUUCUCCCAUCAAAUCACUUUGUGUAAUAAUAUCCUAUUGUUUUUUUGCCCGGGAUGACGUAUGUAUGUACAGUAUGUACUGUGUAUAUCCUUCUCUACUGCUUGUAUAGAAUAGCAUUUAUUUUUUAUACCUGCUAGAUAUAUUAUCGUUGCUACUAAUUCGGGGCUACACAGAAAUCUGCUUUAUCGAAGCGUCCUGUUUGAUCGUUGCACUUUACAUCACUGUGGAUCGACUGGUUGCUGCUCAUCCUCUCAGCAGCCGGUCAGCGUGUUCGGGCAGCGUUGUGAGCAGCCGGGGGUUCAGCAGUCCUGGGUUGGAUGGAUCAUGUCCGUGUUGUGGCAUGUGAGACUCGAACCUACGGACUGUUUUUUUUUAAACAGGCUCACUAUUGUUAAACUGUAGUUGCAUCAAAAGAUACAGAAUAAACUCUUUGGUAUUCUUUAUGUACCAUCUGGUUUCCUUUUCAAAUCAUUCAAUUAUAAUUGUUGAUGUUUGUGCAGGUGAAGGUUUCCAUAAAGUUCAACUGAGCAAAA